CUCCCAACAAUGGCAACAUUUAUUUGAGGUCCGUCCGGUAGCCAUAUUGUUUUAAAAAGUUAUCCUUUUCCGUUUUGUUGUCGUGAAAAUGACGGGCUUUAGCAAUAAGGCCAUAGUGAUCGAUGGCCGUGGCCAUCUGCUCGGCCGCCUGGCCGCAGUCAUUGCUAAGGUCCUGUUGGAAGGUAACAAAGUCGUGGUCGUGCGAUGUGAGCAGAUCAACAUGUCUGGUAACUUCUUCAGGAACAAGUUGAAGUUCAUGUCAUUCCUUCGCAAGAGGUGCAAUGUAAACCCCGCUCGUGGACCCUUCCACUUCAGAGCACCUUCCAAGAUCCUGUGGAAGACUGUCAGAGGCAUGAUCCCACACAAGACUGAGCGUGGAAAGAGCGCGCUGAGGAGGCUUCGCGCGUACGACGGGUGCCCACCUCCCUACGACAACCGCCGCCGCGUUGUCGUACCCGCUGCGCUCCGCGUCUUCUGCCUGAAGCCCGGCCGCAAGUACUGUCACGUUGGUCGCCUGUCCCACGAGGUCGGCUGGAAGUACCGUGAAGUCGUCCGCAAACUUGAGGACAAGAGAAAGAUCAAAUCUGUAAAGAAGAUGGCCUUCGAGAAGAAGCUUAAGCGUAUCACCAAGGAAUCCGGCGAGAAGGUUGCAAAGACGACAGCACCAUUCACCGCAGUCAUCCAAUCCUAUGGAUACAACUAGGAUUAAGAUUAAAUAAAAAAACCUUUGGUUGCCCAA